GGGGAAAGAACUCUUCGGUUCCCACAUUUGAAGUUUGACUCUUCGUUUAUGUAAACAUAACAGCCCAUUACAGCCUUCUGAAGUCAGUCCACUACCAUUCAAAAACUCAUUGAUUUCCCAUUACCUCUUUCCCUAUAAAACCAUUGAACAAACUUGUAGCAUCCCUCAUCUCUCUAUUUCUCGAUGGCACCAAAGCGUUCAAACCCUAUUGAAGUCCCACCAGCCGCUUCUUCCUCUGAAGAAGAUGAAGAGGUGACUUCUUCUGAGGAAGUAGACGAAGGGUCUUCAACUGAGGAAGACCCCAAAACCCAGUCUACUCCAAUGAGCCAGAAGAGCCCACCACCUAGAAAGCUUGAAACCGCUACGCCUGCCAUCGUUAAAGAGGGAUCUGAUGAAUCCGGUUCUGAUUCCGAAUCCGACACCGCUGCACAGAUUGCUAUUGCGACGGAACCCAGAUGUAAUAAGUCCUUGGCUUCUUCAUCUAAACGGCCUGGGAAGUCGGAGUUGGAUGCCAAAGAAGCGAAACGACUCAAGAAGAAGGUUGGGGAAGAAGGGAUGGCUACUGCACCUGUUGUGGAGGGGGUGAAAAAGACUGGUGAAGAUGCAAAGAAGCUGCUGUUCCAGCGGUUGUUCAGUGAAGAUGAUGAGAUUGCUUUGUUGAUUGGUAUGUUGGAUUAUUCUGCUAAAAAAGGGGCUGACCCUUGCGCUGAUAUGAAUGAGUUCUAUGAAUUUGUUAAGAAAUCGAUUCAUACUGAUGUUAGCAAAGUACAGCUGAUGGAUAAGAUAAGAAGAUUAAAGAAAAAAUUCAAAAACAAUGCUGGUAAAAAUAGCAAGGGUGAGGAUCCAACUUUCUCUAAACCCCAUGAACAAAAUGCUUUUGAGUUGUCGAAACAGAUUUGGGGCAAAGAAGGGAUUAGUGGAAAAGUUGAGUCUUCAACUGCUAAGUCGAAUGGGAAAGCCAAGGGGAAAAACAAGGCAGAGGUUGCAGUGAAAGCUGAGUUGCUUUCUUCAUCCGAUAAGAAAAUAGACGAUGCGGUGCCAGUAGAAGUCGAUGAGGUGGUGUCUAAGAGUUCCAGUAAUUUCCUUGAUAAGAAAUUUAGUCUCUCUGACUUAGAAGAGGCAGUUGUAAAGGUGGGGUUGGAUAUGGUUGAUGGUGAAAAGAAGGCGGCUUUGGAGGCAAAAUGGAUGAAAUUGCAAGUCGCGCAGCUGGAAGCGUAUGCGAGGCGAACUGAAUUUGUUGCUGAGCAAGCAAAGUUGUUGCUGAAAUAUUACAAGUCUGAAGACAAAUAGUGGUUAUUAUGCAUAGAGAGUAACUUAUGGAGUUCUAUCUCUGUUAAACAUAUUUUGUUAUGUUAAUUGCUUAAUCCUUUUUAUUUCUGUCUCAUCUGUUUGUCUGUCUGCCGCAAGCCUACUUUGCUCCAUAAACUGCUGCUGCUGCCAUAUCUCUUAAAUUUGUCCUCCUUUAAUCA